GUGCUGCCUGCCGUACCCACACGCUGGCUGACGCGCGUGCCCGCGGUGCUACAAGUAAGUGAUUUCUCCUGCCGCCCAAUCGAUUUUGCGUCUGCUCGCGCACAGCAAGCAAGAUAAACCUGUUUGCAAGCGUUCUCCUGGGACUUGUUCUCAGACUUGGGGCUGGAGGCCCCGUCAUCUUCUCUCCCCCAACACCACCACCACCGCCCAACGAGAUCCUCGCCGGGCCAGAAACAUCAAUUGGUUCCUCGCGAUGUUCCCCACCAUCGCCGUCGCCUGCCUCCUGUUGCUUUCUCCUCUCGAGACCUGGGGCCUUAGUCCCCGCGUCAAGCUCAGCAAUGGGGACUACAUCGGCCAGGUUCUCGAUUGUGGUGUCUCCCACUGGUUGGGAAUCCGAUACGCUGCCCCUCCUCUUGGGGAACUUCGGUUCCAGCCCCCAGUUGACCCUCUCCCUGAGAACGGCACGCAAUAUGCCUACGAGCAUGGUCCAAUCUGCCUCCCAACUGGGGUUCUUCCCAGCCAAAAUAAUGAGGCCAAUUACUCCGAGGACUGUCUCUUCCUCGAUGUGUAUGCUCCCAGCAGAGCACGCCCGGUGUCUAAGCUGCCUGUCUUCGUCUACAUUCAAGGUGGAGGGUUUAACGCGAACUCCCAUCCUCGCCUGAACGGCACCGGCCUGGUCAAGAAGAGCGAGAUGGGCAUCGUUGUCGUCACUUUGAAUUACCGAGUCGGCCCUUGGGGAUUCCUCGUGGACGGUGACAAGCUAACUCCCAACAAUGGAUUGCGAGACCAACGACAAGCCUUGAAGUGGGUCAAGAAGAACAUUGCCCAGUUUGGUGGUGACCCAGACCAUGUUGUCCUCGGUGGUGCAUCCGCCGGUGCCUCAAGUAUCGCCUGGCACCUCACCGCAUAUGGCGGCCGUAAUCAAGACCUUUUCCACGCUGGCGCCGGCGAGUCAGCGGCUUGGGGUCAUGUUCUCACCGCCAAAGAAGCCCGUUACCAGUUCCAAGAUCUUGUCGUCCGCAUCGGCUGCGUCAGCAACAGCUCGGAGGCUGCACUCACCUGUCUACGCAAGAAGCCAUACCGAGAGAUUCAGAUGCAUGGCUCUGGCAUACCAUACCCUGGCCAAUCACUCAACCCCUUGUUUAUGUGGGGACCCGUGAUUGACUACGACAUGUUCAGCCUACCUCUCAUCGAAGCGUUCAAGCAAGGAAGGUUUAUCAAGGUGCCCGUCAUCUGGGGUGACGAUACCAAUGGCGGCAGCAUCUUCACUUCUCCCUUCACCUCGACUGUCGCCCACAGCAAUCGAUGGAUGAGGACCCAAUACCCCUUUUUGACACUCAGAAAGUUGUGGUUGCUCAACAAGGCGUGGAAGAACACGGGGAAGGAGCAAGACAGAUGCCCCGCAAGAGACUGUUGGAGAGAGCAGCUCAGCCAAGUCUACGGUGACAUGCGCUACAUGUGCCCUAGCAUCUACAUGAGCUCUGCUUUCCCAGACCAUGGCUUCAACAACGCGUGGAACUAUCGUUGGAACGUCGAGGAUCCCGACCAGAUUGCAGCAGGACUCGGCGUCCCUCAUGUCAGCGAGAUAUCUGCGUUGUUUGGACCAGAGUAUGUUCUAGAGCCGUACAUCAGUGCACCAAGAACGUAUAGAGAGGGAGAGCUCAACGGAAACGCCGUUGAUGUGAUUCAGAAAUACUGGAUCAGCUUUAUCAAGACAUUUGAUCCCAACACAGAGCGGGCCCAAGGAACGGCUCGAUGGGAGAAAUUUGACAGCAAGAAGCUUAGUCGGCUGCGGUUUGACACGGGAGGAAAGACUGAGAUGGAGUAUGUCGGCAGUGAACUUGCGAGGAGAUGCACGCUUUUGUUCGACAAGAUAUACCCAAGACGGGUUGGAAGUGGAUGGACCGGAUGA